CCACACGAUUCUUGUAGGGGACAUAACGAAGGCAGGACGUUAUUGUAGUCUGCAGAUCCCGUUCUUUGCCCGUCCUUUCUUUUUUUCUCUUUAUCUUGAUCAAUAGAUAAGGAAGAUAAGGGAUGAAAGGAUUGGGUUUGGAGGUAGGCGCAUUAAUAAUUGUGAUGCUUUGCAUGUGUCAAGCAACCAGCAACCUCCAUCCUCUGAUCUUGGUACCCGGAAAUGGUGGUAACCAACUAGAAGCACGGCUAACCAGUGACUACAAGCCUUCAAGCCUCUUGUGUAAUCGUUGGUACCCAACUUCCAGGGACAAGAACGGGUGGUUCAGGCUAUGGUUCGACCUCAGUGUUCUAUUUGCUCCAUUCACCAAGUGCUUUGCCGAGCGCAUGAUGCUCUACUAUGACCUUGAUUUGGAUGACUUUUAUAAUGCUCCUGGUGUUGAAACUAAAGCCCCUCACUUCGGUUCCACUCAGUCUCUCCUCUACCUCGAUCCUAAUCUCAAGCACGUUACAUCAUACAUGGCACCUCUAGUGGAAUCUCUGGAACGAAUAGGCUAUGUUUCUGGUGACAACCUCUUUGGAGCUCCCUACGAUUUUCGAUAUGGAUUAGCAGCAGCAGGUCAUCCAACCCAUGUUGGCUCCAAAUUUCUGCAAGACCUAAAAGCCUUAAUCGAAAAAGCAAGCACUUCUAAUGGUGGAAAACCAGUAAUACUUCUCUCCCACAGCUUAGGAGGGCUUUUUGUCUUACAACUUCUCAACAGAAACCCACUGUCUUGGCGCAAAAAAUUUAUCAAACACUUUGUUGCACUUUCUGCACCAUGGGGUGGCACUGCGGAACAAAUGCUCACUUUUGCUUCUGGGAAUACGCUUGGGGUGCCGCUUGUUGAUCCAUUGCUGGUGAGACAGGAGCAGAGGAGCUCUGAAAGCAACCUGUGGCUUUUGCCUAGUUCGAAAAUAUUUGGGUGGCAAAAUCCACUAGUUAUCACCCCAAAUGCUACUUAUUCAGCUGAUGAUAUCCCAAAAUUUCUUAAUGACAUUGGAUUUCCACAAGGGGUUUAUCCUUUUGAGACACGUAUUUUACCUUUGAUGGAAGAGUUAAUUGCGCCUGAGGUGCCGAUGACAUGCAUUAUUGGAAGCGGUGUAAGAACCGCAGAGAAACUGUUCUAUAAAACAAGUGAUUUCGAUGAGCGGCCGCAUGUUGUUUAUGGGGAUGGGGACGGGACAGUGAAUAUGGUUAGUUUGUUGGCUCUUGAGUCGCUAUGGGCUGAUAAGAAAAAUCAAUCCCUUAAGGUAAUUAGAAUUAAUGAUGUUUCGCAUGCAUCAAUUCUCAAAAAUCAUAUUGCCCUUCGAGAAAUAAUAGGUGAGAUUUCUGAAAUUAAUUCUCAAAUUAGGAGUAAUGUUAUGUAGAAAACAUAUAACUGGAUACAAACGCCAUUAAAAACAUCUCAAGGACUAUUUGUUUAGAUCCGGCUGUCUUUGCCUUGGUUUGACUGAUGUUGUUAUUUCUUAUUUAAAUGAUGAUCUUAAUCCUUAAAUGUAUCAUGAGUUGUAUAAAAGAAA